AUGGGAACACUGAUAAGAGCACAAGCUCUCUCCUCUGAUUGCAUGAUUUCAGGUACCCAACAAGAUAACCCUGAAGCUCAUCACCCGCAGAAUUUUCAGGUGCAUCACAGUUCAAGAUGGAGGCAACCUCGCCACGAUAUCUGCAAGUUCAACACUGAUGCAGCGUGGAAGAAAGAUAGAGACAUGAACUCUAUUGCAGGUAUUGCCCGCGACUCAAUUGGAAGGGUCUUCACUGGGUAUGCGAGGCAAACCACAGCUCCCACCCCUUUGAUCGCUGAAGCCUUGGCCAUGAUCUUGGCCUGCAGCCUCCAUUGGAAGAAGGUGGUCUUUGAAUCCGAUAGCUUAAAGGUCAUCCAAGCUUGCGGGAAGGAAAAAGACUAUGGGGAAAUUUGGACUGUCAUUCAAGACAUUCAACUGCUGAGAAGGAGCUUCGAUCAUUGUGGCUUCACCUGGACUCACAGGUCAGGGAACGAGGCUGCACAUCAAGUUGCAGCUCUUUUCCAAAGAGGCCUUCUCCCCACCAAUUGGAUUCACUUCCCACCAACCCCUCUCUGGAAAGUGUUGAGAUUAGAUUCCUCCCCGGCCCAGGCCGCUGACUACAAGUGGCAUCCUCUUGCCCACGAGCCCUUCCCAGUUUCAUUAGUUUAA